AGGAGUCGGCGCUGAACGUUAUCACUUCUGCCGUGAUCCCCACCGCUACUAUUACUGCCGAUCCAAUCUGCUUCGCUCGUAUCCGCCCCAGAGCUUAGGACGGUGCUUGGCAGAUAGUAAGCGCUAGACAAGUACCACCGUCACUAUUAUCAUCAGCAGGAGCUUAACGUUGUCACUUCUGCCGUUAUCCCCACCGCUACUAUUACUGCUGAUCCCACCCCCUGGGCUCCUGUCCGCCCCGGCGUUCAGACCAGUGCUUGGCGCGGAGUCGGCGCUUGGCAGAUGGCCUCGUGACUGACCACCAUUCCCAGAGUGGAAUCCCAAGCUCUGGGCAAGAUGUUUUACGGACACUUUCUGAUCAGCAAGCGGGGGCCCCUGGCCAAAAUCUGGCUGGCCGCUCACCUGGAGAAGAAGCUCACCAAGGCUCAGGUCUUCGACUGCAACCUGGAGGCCACCGUCGAAAGGAUCCUCUCGCCCAAGGUAAAACUAGCUCUCCGCACGUCAGGGCACUUGUUACUGGGAGUGGUGAGGAUUUAUUCCCGAAAAGCAAAUUAUCUGGUCACAGACUGCAACGAAGCCUUUCUUAAAAUAAAGAUGUCCUUCCGCCCAGAUCUGUUGGACCUUCCCAAAGAGCGCCUGGAGGCCAGCUACGCCGCCAUCACCUUGCCCGAGGAAUUCCACGAUUUCGAAGUGCAGCUGCCCCCCCUCAACGACAUCAGCGUGGGCGAGCACUUCAGCCUCAACCAGAGCCGAGCGGAAGACAUCACCCUAAAAGAAGAAUGGCGCGCCGAGGCCACCCAGUCCUUCAGAGGACUGAGCUUCCUGGACGAGAGCGUGCCGAGCGCCCCCAGCCAGCUUCUGGAACCCAGCUCCACCAGCCUCUGGGGAGACCACGACGCCACCUACGACUGCAGGGACGGAUUCGGAGACGAAGGGAGCAAAGGCGAGAUGAUCGACGAGCUGCUGCAGGACGAGCCGUUCAGCCUGUUGGUGGACGUGACGCCGGACCGGCGGGUCUCGCUCCCGCCGACCCCUCCGGAUGGCGUGAUGGAGGCGGACUCCCCGGACCCGGACCUGGCCGAGGGGGGCGGAGGAUGGGAGGAGCCAGCCGGCCCGGGCCCCGGCGAGGAUGACGGCUUCGCCUUGGCGCCCGUCGAAGCCACAGCCCCGUCGGGGAGGAAGAAGAGGAAGAAGAGAGUCCUCCUCGUCGACCCCGUGAAAGAAAUCAGCAGGCCGCUCUUCCGCAAACAGAUCCUCCACUUCCAGGACACCCUCAACCCCGACAUCGACAUGGCCCCGCCCAGGAGGAAGCUCAUGGAGUGGAUGGAGACCGGCGGCAUCGGGGCCCUCUUUUCCCGACCCGCUCAGCCCUUCAUCGGCGCCGAGCUGGAAGGGCUCUUCGCCUCCAUCCUGUCAUCUGGCCUUAAAAAAGAAAAAAAAGGCAAGAGGGUGAUAUCUGAAGCGACGGAAGCCAGAAACAAAAAUGGGUUAGAAACUCCUGCUUCCACAGAGGCCGGCUCGUUGCCGAGGUCAGACUCGAGGAAGACCCGGAUACACGACAUGGAGCCGCCCCCGUUUCUGCCCGAAACAGACAUGAUGGAAGACAGUCCCGAAAACCUCGACUGGGAACCCGAAGCCGUUGAAACAAUGGUCCGCUCCACCACGGAAGAUUUGCAGGACAUCUCCUCGGAAGAAGAAUUUGAGAGCCGCUCCACGGAACCGGACAGCCUCCUGACGGACAAGGAGGAGGAGGGCGAGGAGGCCAUCUGGAACAAAACCAUCCACCCCAUGCUCAACCGACUGCGGCAUUCCUACGAGGAAGGGUCCUCCCACUUCAGCCUCCUGAAGCUGUGCGAGAAGCAGGACCAGAAGCAAGUGGCGAUGAACCUCUACAGCUUCCUCGUCCUGAAGAAGCACGGGGCCAUUCAUCUGAGCCAGAGCGGCCCCUACGCCGACAUCAUAGCCACCGUGGGCCCUAUGUUUGCCAAGCUCUGAGCCCCGCUGGGGUCUCCCCGUCCCCCCUCGCCCCCGGUCCCCCGUCCCACAUCCACCCUCCCCGGGCACACCGGAAAGGGUCAGAGUUGGGCUCCCCCCAUCCCCAGGCCCCCAACUCAACUGACCACCGGAAUGGCGAUUCGCCAAAAACGUUUUAAUGAAGAAAAGCUUACAUUUUAAAUCUUUUUUGGCGGGGGAGGGUGUGGUCCAUCAAAAAUACCACCCGUUUUUCGGAAUGUUGUUUUAAACGUGUCUGGAAGAGUGAAGAAAUAAAAGGCCCCAGAGUUGAUGGAU